AUGUAUGGACUCCAGAGUAGUGAUAUGCGACAUAAUGGUUCAAGUAGUAGCAAUAAAUCUGGACUUUGUAUUAUGCACUAUAGUGCGAGAAGACUAUUGUUAAGAUUUGAAAUAUAUUCUUCAAUGAUCAUAAGACAUCUUAGUCUCCGCUAUUUUCAACAAUUUAUCAUUCGUGAACAACCCGCCAAGUUUUAA